CUCAGGGAAGAGAGUCAGUUAGCCUGCCAUUCAAGAGAGAGCCUCAGUGGUUAUCCUGAACUAAUGCUGUGGAACACCUGUGCUGACUGUUCAUUGGAUGUUCAUAGGAGGAUUAAAUCUAAAACUCUAAAAAUCUAAAAGGGUCCUAUACUGUAGCUCCUUCAUAAGUUCCAAAGCUGGUCUAUUACUGCAAGCUCAUGUGGGUGGUAGAAAAGAUCCGAGUGUCAGUGGAGAGAACCAACCUGCCCCUGCCGGUCUCGGAGUACACCUUCAAAAUUGGGGACAUCAUGUUUGGAGACAAGCACUCUGUGGAGAAGAGCAAGAAGGCCCUGCUGUGUCCCAACAUCAUCACCCCAGACACCAUCCCCGAGUUCUGCAUCCCUCCAAAGGUCCACACCACCACGCUGGAAACGAAGGCAGCAGAGCAGUGCAAGGCGUCCACCAUCAUGAGAAUACCGGUCUCAGAGCGAGGGAGCCCCAAGAGGGAGGCCCCUGGACGGGAGCUGGUGGCCCACAUCAUCCAGGUGGAGAGUGUGGAUGACGCACCUUACGACAAUGUCUGCAGCGAUGAGGAGACCACCAACGCGGACCCCCAGAGCCAAGCAGCCCUCUCGCUGCCCCACCUGGCCAAAGCCCAGACCUGCUACGGCUUUUGCACACUCCUGGAGAGCCCGCACACCCGCCGGAAGGAGUCUCUGUUCCACAAUGACCCGAGCACCAACGGGCUCCCCCUGGUUCUGCCCCGGAGCCGGUCCAACACGUACUCCCCCCGGAGCUCACCCUCCGUCUCACCUGCCCCAUCCCCGACCUCGCCCCACUUCAGCUUCAACGGCCUGACCAGCAGGCUCUCGCCCCGGGCCUUCACCCUCCACCGGCAGGGCACGCUGGACAGUGACACCACCUCCUCCACGGAGUCGUCCCCCUUCAGCUCGCCGCUGCUGGCCCGCUGCCCACCGCCCAAGUCCUCCCUCUUCAAGGCCCUGAGCCACGAACGCUUGCUCUACCGUAACAUCCACCGCAAGACGACCGUCUCACGCAACAACUCGCUCUCCACAGACGAGAGCAGCUCCACGGACAACAGCCCCUGCGUGCUGCGGCGGGCGUCCGAGGGCCUGGUGGAGCCCAUCUCCCCGUGCGGCGGUGGUGGCGGCAGCGGCGGUUAUGGCCUGGCGCCCCCCGCCAUCUUCCCCAUGGACCUGGUGCUGCAGCGCGAGCGCGUCAUGAAGGAGUGCCUGGUGUCGGUGGGGCGCGACGGCAUGCUGCGCCUCUCGGCCGAGUACUGCCCCGAGAACCAGCGGCUCCGCGUGCGGCUCAUCAGCGCCGAGGGACUCUACUCACUCGCCGUCGACCCCAAGAGCAUCAACUGCAGUGUCAGCAUCUCGCUCAUGCCCGGCAAGGUCCAGAAGCAGCGCAGUACGGUCAUCCGAAAGAGCCGGAACCCCAUAUUCAACGAGGACUUCUUCUUCGAUGGUAUUUCGGAGGAGGACCUGUCUUUGUGGUCACUGCGCUUUAAAGUGGUCAAUAAAAUGUCCACUAUGAAGAGAGACUAUAUCCUGGGUGACUGUGAGCUCCCUCUCACCAGCAUUAUCAACUUGUAAUUUCAGACUGAUGUCCAUUUUCUUGAAUUGUCCUUAUUUAUUAUCUUUGUAAAUGAAAAAGGCUAUUUAUUUACUUUUUUACACUGUGACAAUUGUUUCUAA